UCCGUAAAUUUGUGGUCUUGCACUUGGGUUUGCAUUUGCAUUCUGGGAUACAGUAUUUCAUAGGUAUUCAAACAUUCAAUGGUAGUGGAGGUUGGCAUAAACUCGGGCAAGUAAGAAGUGAACAACGGUUAUCAACUGAGAUUGUGAUAAACAUGUCUGUGAGACGUAAACAAAGCCAGCAGAGCCACAAAUGUGGCACCUGUAAAGCAAGAGGAAGAUGAGUGAUGAUAAGGAGGAAGUGGUGAUGAGGCCUUCCACAGCCAUGUCACCACCAUCACUGCCACUAGCUGAACAGUCACCAUCACCUCCACCACCACCAGCUGAACAAACACCAUCACCACCACCACAGACAGCAGGCAGCUCCUCCCCCCUUCCCCAUGCCUCCUCAUGCCCCAUCACCGUCACUCCCAUGGAUGUGGAUAGCAUGAACGGCCUUCCCAUACUUGGCCACACCCCUACAGAUGACACCAUUCCCCUUACCAGCCAGUCCCCUCUCUCUGACCACACCCUUAACCAUACUACCCCUGCCAGCCAUAUACCUAAGGAUAGCCACACAGAAACACCCAACCAGAUAUCUAUUGUUAACCACACCUUAGAAGAUACUCAUAUGCCCACAUUAGGGACCACACCCACCUCAGAGCACACCCCUAAUACGCCAAGCCACAUCUCUCCGCCUACCCCUAAUACAUCUAGCCAUAGCCACAUCUCUCCUUCAACCUCUCACACAUCUUCCACACCACCGUCAUCCAAACAACCACCCCCUGCAGCUGACCACACCCCUCCAUCAACCAGCCACAUCCCAAGUCUCAAAGGGAAGGCAACGGGAGGUACCAAAACAGAGAAAAAGGUCAGUCACCCUCCUGCCGGCUCCAUGUGUCUGCUCCUUGCUUACGGCAGCUCAGAAAGCGAUGAGGAGACAACACCUUCCGCAGAUGUAACCCCCACCGCCAUCACCUCCUCAACUGCCACAUCACAGGAUCUUCGAAAACACAGCAGCACAACACUAAACUCAGCAUUACACAGCACACCAGAUCAGGACUCUAUAAUCUCUAAUGGGUUGCCUCCAGAGGUCAGCCCACAGCCCAGUGAACCGAGAGCCACUGUGGAUAGGCCAGACAAAUCAUCGCCACAGGUUAUUGAAAUAGACGUUGUGGGGGGCUAUCGCUACAUGCCAGGCUACCUCAGUGAUGCCGAAGACUCAGAGGGAGACUCAGAUGACUCUGACUCCUCAGUCAUGUCCACUUCCUCCUCCACUUCAUCGUCGUCAUCAUCAUCGUCGUCAUCGUCUUCGUCUUCCUCCUCUUCUUCGUCAUCUUCUCCCUCUGUCAAGGUGCUUCAGAAAGCCCCACAGGGCCCAAGAGAGCCACCACCCCAGAGAAAGAAAAACAACCCGCUUACCCCUGGCGAGUUGACUUUGGAUGACCUUCCCCCCAUCCAGGAUCUCAACAUAUCUCUUCCCCAGGAGGAAACGCGGCUAGUGGGCCACAUACACAGCUUCGUGGUCCAACAGGUGGUGGUUGAGAGCCUGCCCAACGUGCCAGCCCUUGAUAUUGAUUCCGUGCUCUUCGUGGGCCAUGAGAGAGAGAGACGUGCACUGGGCCGGGUGUUUGACGUGUUUGGGACAGUGUCGCAGCCGUUCUACGUGGUGCGCUUCAACUCGGCUGAACACGUGACAGAGAGUGGGGCCAAGAUCGGGGAGGAGGUGUUCUUCGCCCCUUCCUCUGGGGACCACACCCACUAUGUUUUGCUGGAGGAGCUGAUGAGGUAUCAAGGGAGUGAUGCCUCAGGGCUUCAAGGCAAUGAGCUCAAUCCUGGGGAAAUCUCAGACUACUCAGACGAUGAGGAGGAGGCCCAUGCUCGCCGCCGUACCCGUAUCCGCCCCAAUGGCCCCCGGAACAACACUAACCACAAAAACAACAACAUCAAUGGGAAUAGUACCAGCUGUGACUCGCAACCUCAUCGCAAGAGGCAGAGAGGCGCCAAUCACAACCCCUUCCGCCUCAACGCCUCCCCUCACCCCUCCAACAUGCCCCCACGGCCUCAGCAACACCACCACUUUUUCAACCCCCCCCCAUUCACUGCCCAGCCUCCCCCACCCCCACCACAAGCACCUCCUACACAGUGCAUGCCCCCUCCCUCCCCCCACCAUAACCUCCCAUCACAGGGCCCCUUCCCACAACCACCCCCACACCCUCACUUCCAUAAUACCCUGCCACCUCCGUCACAAUUCAACGGUGAUCUUCCACCCCACCACAGAGGGGAGGGAGGGUUUGCGUGUCUGCCUCCUCCCCCUCCAACCCUCACCCCUCCUCCUGGUCAGCCUCCCCCUCCUCAUCCUCCUCGGUGGGGAGAAAGUAUGGUGUUUGGAGGAGAAUCAAGUCUUGGAAGGGAGUUUUUACCUCCACCUCACCCCUCCAUGAUGCCUCCUCCACCUCCACCUCCACAGCAAGGGGGGUGGGGGAUGCCUCCACAGUUUUCCCCACAGAAUAAGUUUACGGUGCCCCCUCCACCCCCAUCUCCUACCCACGCUAUGGCCCCUCCACCUCCUCAGGGUAUGCCCAUUCCCCCACCCAAUAUGCCAGGCCCUCCGCCCCCUCCUUAUCGAAGCAUGCCACCACCACCACCACCACCACCACACCAUAACACUCAAUAUUAAUCUGUGGACACUACUCAACUCUACACUACAGUACUACUAUAGUCCGUUUCAUUCCGUCUGUCCAUGCGCGAACAUAGAUGUGGCAUUGUUAGUUCAUGAUUGCGUGAAGAUCAACUUUAUAUUUUCAGUGAUAUUUAUUUGAAUGUUUGUGUAUACAAAAAACUCUCAAAUCUUUUUAUAUGAACUGCAAACAUGCUGAUUUGCAUCGAUAAUCUACCAUAUAAGCACAUGAAAGAACAAUUUGUAUAUUAAAUAGUAUAGUCUGAUCAUACUUGAACGAUUCAUAGCCUUUCAGAUACCCAUAUUUUAUCUCAUUCAGGUACAUAAAGUGACAUCUGACUCUGCAAGUGUCUAUACAUAAGGAAGUUUGACGUGUGGCAUGUAAAUAACAUGGGUAGCCUAAUAUUCGAAAUAGCCUAGCAUCACAUUCAACAGUUAUUAUUUACUAUUUCAUGUUAUUUCAAUUAUUAAUCAUUAUUUACAUGAAAUAAAUUAUAAAGAUAUUCUUUAUUUGCACUUGCAGAGCCAGAUAUCUUUUAAUAUACCUGAAAUGAGCUUUCAAUCAAUGAAUUUGAAAAAACAUAUAUCGUUCGAGCAUGAUGUGACUAGAUAUGUUAUUUGAUACAAGCUUGUCUUUUCGUGUACUUGUACAGUACCCUCUCGAGUUUUGCGCUCGCUUCGUUCCGAAGGUACAAUGCUAAACUCGAGGAUCGCGAAACUCGAGGUAUUGAAAACACUGAAAAAGCGUUUAUUUGUUCCGACCUGUGGAGAUUUUUAUUUAUUUAUUUAUUUAUUUAUUUUUUUUUUAUAUGUAGUCUAUGGCACCGGUAGACUAUCCAUCUGGGCCUGAUGCUCAGCCCCGAGCCCGUCAUGGCGCAGGCAACUGUUUAUAGUGGCGCCAAUAUAAUUGGCUCAUCAUGCUGCCCCCUGGAGCUCACUCUUUUUCCUUCUUUACUCCCUUGUUAUCGCAAAAUACUUACCUUGGAAAAAGGAAGAAAACGGGAAGAGAGAAUGGGUCAUUUUGAAGCCACAGAUAAAGCCUUAUGAUUGGCUGAGCUCUGAAAACACGCAUGUGAUUCGCUGGGAGUCCAAUGACAGCAUCGCCAGCGCUGACCCGAUCAGCGGCCUCACUGCCUUAAGGCGGUGUCACACUGGCCAUUUUCCUCUAUCUGUUGUGGCUACUGGAAACACCCGUACACCCAUCCGGGAUCAAGUUGUCGGUUGUCUGUAAGCUGGUGUCACACUGGGCCUUUUUCUUCCCACCGCAUUGGCGGCAGCUUGGGCAGCCAGCAAGAUUUCCAGGUGUGCGUCACACACAUAAGAGGAAAUUAGAAGGGUGUGGGGAGGAGGGGCAGAAGGGAGAGUCAGGUCAUGUCAUGACACACACACACACACACACAGAGAAAGGGAUAUGAGAAGAGUGGGGGGAGGGAGAGUCAGGUCGUCUUGACCUGAGUCAGGUCAUAUCCUGAUCAAAGCCCUGAUCUGACUCCUUUCUACCCCUCCCUCCCCACACCAUUCUCAUUCCCCUUCUGUGUGUGUGUGUGUGUGUGUGUGUGUGUGACAAGUCAGGACAUGACCUGACCUGAGCCAGGUCAUGUUUUGACCAAAGCCCUGAUCUGACUCUCCUUUCUGCCUCAUCCUCCCCACAUCCUUCUCAUUUCACCUUAUGAUGGUAAGAAUUUAGGACUAACUGCGAAACUUGAGGAUCGCGAAACUCGAGAGGGUACUGUAUAUUAGAUUAUCGAUGCAAACGACUGAGUUGUUUAUUGUAUACAUAAACAUUCAAAUAUAUUAUUGAAAAAUAAGCUUGAAUGUCUAUCACAACAGUAUAUUUUCAUGUACGUAUUCACGAACUAGAAAUGCGCAGGUGCCACAUCCAUCAAUAUUCCCGCUUUGUUGGUGGACAGAUGAAAUGAUACAGACUAUACCAUACCAAACCUCACCACCAUCACACUAUACACACUAUACUUCACCACACCACCACCACCACCACACCACAAAAAAACAUACAAAACUUUAUAUAUAAUUCCCCCCCACCUCCUCAGGACAUGCAGGGGAUUCCCUAACCCCUCCAUACUAAACCACCACACCACAUUAUUUCACACUAAGGUCAACACACUCCCCUAACUUCACACUACAAAACAUCAUACUGUACCAUACCACCACCACCACACCACUAGCCAUAUAAGGGUUACUGCAUUACCCCGAACACCACACUUCACACAUCACCAUACCCUGCCACCACACCAUGGUGGUGUGAUGCUACACCACACCGGAUUUUUGUGCCAAGAAGGGUUGCUCCUGAUAGUCCUCAUGCCCACCACUUUUGUAAUUUGUAAUUGAUUUCAAAAGCUAUGUUUUUCCCAGCCCACACACUCCCUCACUACACUUCACAAUGGUGUGAAGACCACUUUUUGUAGACAGCAUAAAGUAAGGUAAAGUUGGGUGCAUAUGCUGUAGCUUCAUGUGCCUGUGGUGCUCAUCUCCGGACUCUUGGCCCUUUGAGCCUGUGGUGGGUAGGAACCCAAUCCCCAAGACACGGACCAUUAUGAAAUCCAGGAAUGCCACAGUACCUUCCCCAGAUUUCCCUGGGUACCCAUUUAUCGACCAGCCCAAAGGGGAGGAUGAACAGCUGGGUGAGCAGUAUGCCAACUGCCUGGGCCGGGAUUUGAACCCAGGCCCGUGGAGUCGUAGCCAGGCAUACAAACCACUGGUCCACAGAGACUGCAUAAGCCUAUUAAAAAUUAUUUACUUCUGAAACUGGACUAUAGCAAAUUGGCACUCCAUUACAUACUCAGUACACAAAGUAUCCCAGUAGAUACUUUCUUGUAAAUUUAUUUAUUUCAGGCUGCAAUUCAGUCUUGUGAGUGGAACUUCAACCAGCUUUUUUCAUGCUGCCUACAUGAUUUUGUCCAAUGAUGUCAAACUGUAGGAAGUAGAUGUACAUAAUUUCUCCUCAGUAUUUUUUUUCUUAGCCUAUGUAUGAUGGUGGUAGGCUUCCUUGAUGGAGCCUGGUGGUUGGCCCCAGCCCAGCACCACCAUAAAGACACUUGUCUGUGUCAUUAUGGGCUAGAGCUGACCACCAGACCCCACCAAGAACUGGCACUAUAGGGCAAACCUAUAAAAUAUGGAAAAAAGAGAAUUCAAUGUAAGUGUAUUAUUUUAUAUGGAGUUAAUAAAUUGCUUUUAUCUGAAAUUGUUA